AUGACGAUGAUUAAAGAGGAGGAAGAGAAAGAAAGAGACCUACAGCCCAAUUCAGCAAAGCACAUGAAAAAUGAAAGGACCUCGAUGUUUUUAGUGCUCUUUGCCGUUAUCAUUGCCAACUCUUAUGCAUUGAUCCCAGCUCAUAAUGAACAGGUCUGUAGCACAUGGGGUAACUUUCACUUCAAAACUUUCGAUGGAGACUUUUUCCAGCUGCCAUCCACUUGUAAUUAUAUCCUGACGGCAAUGUGUGGAAGCACCUACGAGGACUUUAACAUUCAGAUACGCCGACAUGUGGUACAACAUCAACCAACCAUCACUAGCAUUACCAUGAUGCUUGACGGCACCGUGGUGGAUUUCACUAACAGCUCCAUUAGUGUAGAUGGACAGCUGGUCACUUUACCCUUCAGUCAGUCAGGAGUACUGAUCGAUAAAAGUUUCACCUACAUCAAAAUCACAGCUAAGCUCGGACUGGUGGCCAUGUGGAAUGGACACGACUCUUUUAUGGUGGAAUUGGACAAGAAAUACCAACGUAAGACCUGUGGUUUAUGUGGAGACUUUAAUGGCAUCCAGAUGUACAAUGAGUUCAUGGAUAACGGUGUUAAGAUGUCUCUAAAUGACUACGCACACUUGGCAAAAAUGGAUGGCCCAACAGAAAUCUGUACAGACAAAAUCCCUUCAACAGAUGAGCCCUGUGAAAACCCGACAUCAGUAUGUGAGCAGUUACUCUCUGGCCCGUCUUUCAUCGGCUGUACGGAUCUCGUAGCUCUCGACUCUUUUAUCGAGGCCUGUGAGUCAGAUAUGUGUCAGUGUUCAAACAGCAGUGGAUCAUUCUGUAUCUGCAGUAUCAUCUCUGAAUAUUCACGACAGUGUGUUCACGCCGGUGGAAAGCCUGACACGUGGAGGACUGAACAAUUCUGUGGUAAAUCAUGUCCAUAUCACAAUAUGGUGUACCAGGAAUGUGGGAACCCUUGUGUCAACACUUGUUCAAACCCUGACAGAGGUCUUAUUUGUGAGGAACAUUGUAUCGAUGGCUGUUUCUGCCCUGAAGGUUAUGUGUUUGAUGACAUCACUGAUAAAGGUUGUAUUGCCAAACAUCUGUGUCCCUGCGUACACAAUGGAAAAAUAUACCAACCUGGACAGACGUACAAAAGCAACUGUAAAGAAUGCACUUGUGUGAAUGAUAAGUGGAGCUGUAUGGAGAAAGAUUGCCCAGGGAUUUGUUUGGUAAAGGGCGGCUCACAUAUAACCACAUACGAUGGCCGAACGUACAGUUUUCAUGGAGACUGUACUUAUGUACUUAUGAAGCAAGCAGAGUUUGCCGUUUUGGGAGAUUUAAUGAAAUGUGGCACCACUGAGACUGAAACAUGUUUAAAGACGGUAACUCUGUUCCUGUCACAGGGAAACACAAUCUUCAGUAUUCAGUCUGAUGGAAAGCUGUUUGUUAACCGAAUAUUGACGUCGCUUCCUCUCUCCACAGCUGGUGUUAUGAUUUUCAAGCCCACCUCAUUCUUCAUCAUUGUUCAAACAUCUUUUGGGCUUCAGCUGGAGAUUCAACUUGUACCAAUAAUGCAGCUCUACAUUAAAGCUGAUGUGAGUCACAAACAGAAAACUAACGGUUUAUGUGGUAAUUAUAACAGCGUUCAGUCGGAUGACUUCAUCACAGUUAGCGGCUCUCUGGAGGGCACAGGUGCAGGUUUCGCCAACGGCUGGAAAAUACGAGCAAACUGUCCUGAUGUUCAGAGCAACUUUGAGGAUCCUUGCAGACUCAGUUUGGGAAAUGAGAGAUACGCUCAGAAAUGGUGUUCUUUGCUGUCGGACACAAAUGGGGUUUUUGCUCCAUGCCACAAAGAGAUCAGCCCUGAUGUCUAUCAAAAGACCUGCAUUUAUGAUGCCUGCAAUUGUGAGAAUAGUGAGGACUGCAUGUGUGCUGCUCUCUCUUCAUAUGUGCAUGCAUGUGCUGCUAAAGGGAUUUUUCUACAUGACUGGAGAAAUGCUGCAUGUGGGACGUUUUCAGCCAGCUGCCCCAGCACUAUGAUUUAUUCAUUCGGAGUUCAAAACAACAGUCGCUCCUGCCAUUGCCAUAGCGAGCCAGACUUCACGUGUGCCGCUGAAUUUGAUCCAGUAGACGGUUGUGUCUGUCCUGAGGGAACGUUUCUGAAUGAAGAAGGAAAGUGUGUUCCUCCAAACAACUGUUCCUGUUAUAAUAAAGGCACCGUGAUUCCUCCGGGUGAAGUUAUCAUCAAAGAUGGCAGCAAGUGCACUUGCAAGGGGGGAAAACUCAGUUGUGUUGGGCAGAGAAUGAAACAGCUAUCUUGCCCAAAUCCAAUGAGGUAUUUUAACUGCACAAGUGCUGCUCCUGGAUCUACAGGCUUGGAGUGCCAGAAAAGUUGCAACACUGUUGAGAUGACAUGUAUUAGCACAGAGUGCAUUUCUGGCUGCAUGUGUCCACCUGGACUGCUGUCAGAUGGGAGUGGUGGUUGCAUUAGUGAAGAUCUUUGUCCAUGUGUUCACAAUGGCAAUGCACACCAACCUGGAGAAACAAUCAACGUGGAGUGCAAUACAUGCACUUGUAAGGGCAGAAAAUGGAAGUGUUCCAAAAACCAGUGCUAUGGGACGUGCAAAAUAUAUGGCGAUGGUCACUACAUUACAUUUGAUGGAAAAAGAUACACUUUUGAUGGAAAUUGUGAAUACACAUUAAUAAGAGAUUUUUGCGGUCCUACAAAUGCCACCGGAACCUUCAGGGUUCUCACAGAGAACGUACCGUGUGGAACAACCGGCACCACCUGCUCAAAAGCUGUCAAGAUCUUCCUCGGGAACAAGGAGCUCAAACUGACGGAUGGAGGUUUUGAGGUUCUUCAGAGAGAGUCGGGUGAGGAUAUUCCCUAUCGUAUUCGAGUAAUGGGAAUGUACCUGGUCAUUGAAGCAAAUAAUGGUCUUGUUGUUAUGUGGGACCAGAAGACAAGUAUGUUCAUCAAACUCAGUCCAAACUUUAAGGGUGCCGUUUGUGGUCUUUGUGGAAAUUAUGAUGGCAAUGCAAACAACGACUUCAUGUUGAGAAAUCAGGAGGUGGUAAUCAAACCGUUGGAAUUUGGAAAUAGUUGGAAAAAAUCCUCCAGCUGUCCGGAUGCUGUUGAAAUCAAAGAUCCCUGCUCGGAUAACCCUAACAGGCAAUCAUGGGCUCAGAUACAAUGUAGCAUCAUCAAAAGUGACAUUUUUAUUGCGUGUCACUCUCAAGUGGAUCCGUCUCCUUUCUACGAUGCUUGUGUGCGAGACUCAUGUGCUUGUGAUAACGGUGGAGAUUGUGAAUGUUACUGUACGACUGUAGCAGCUUAUGCGCAAGCCUGUAAUGAAGCCGGAGCCUGUGUUGACUGGAGAACUCCAAAAAUAUGCCCAUUGUUCUGUGAUUUUUACAACCCUCCUGAGGAAUGCGAGUGGCACUAUAAACCUUGUGGAGCUCCUUGUAUGCAGACCUGCAGAAACCCAUCAGGAAAUUGCUCAAGUCAAAUACCAGCACUUGAAGGUUGUUACCCGAAAUGUCCCCCUGGACAGUCUUUCUUUGAUGAAGACACAAUGAAAUGUGUAAAAGAGGAGCAGUGUGGCUGCUUUGAUGAGCAGGGGAAUCAUUAUCUCAACGAUGAGAGAGUUCCUUCAGAAGAAAACUGUCAAAUAUGCUAUUGCAAUGCCAUGGAAAUCAGCUGCAAAUACGAUGUCACUGCAUGCACCUGCAUAUUUAAAGGAAACAAGUAUCAGUAUGGAGAAACUAUAUAUAACACAACAGAUGGGCUCGGCCACUGCAUAACAGCUGUCUGUGAAAAAGAUGGAAUGAUUAAAAAGGAUUCAUACCCUUGUUCAGCAUCACAGCCAACAACAACCUACUCUCCAACAACGGUCUUCAACUUCUCAAGUACAGAUGUGCCAAUAACUUCAGCCAAGUACACUUCAGAAUCUGUUUUAACAAAGACAACACCAUCAUUCAGCACAACAGGAAAAGUAACAACAGAUGAAUCCAAAUGUACAGUUUGCUACUGGACACAAUGGAUGAAUGUUGAUUAUCCAAAAUUCGGACCACAGGGAGUUGGUCAGAUUGGCUGGACUUUGGUAGACCAACAGCAGGAUCUGAUGGGGAAAAACCAAGGCUUUGCUCAACAGUGUGUUGACUUUGAGAUUAGAGUGCUCUGUUGUGAUGGAAACUGUGGCAGCUUCUCAACACAUGCACCCCUUUUAGCCACCACUAGAGUGUCAUCAACAAGCAUAACCACAUCAGCAAGCACAUCCACACCAACAAUCCAGAGUUCUUCCACUAGCACAAGCAUUUCUUCUACUGUAACAUCCAUUCCAAUGACUUCAACAAGUUCUCCAACUUCCACAACACCAAAAUCAACCACUUUUAAUCCUCCCCCUGGAUGUGUUUGCAGUUGGUCAGAUUGGCUGGAUUUCGGAAGCCCAACAACAGCUUUUAACGGUGGUGCAGUAAUAACAAUUGAAAAAAUAACUGACACCUAUGCUUCUCUUUGCAAAGUACCAACACAAGUGGAAUGUCGUGCAAAACGUUUCCCUGGACUCCCUCUUUCACAGCUUGGCCAGACAGUGAAGUGUAAUGCAAGAGACGGAUUGAUUUGCUUAAAUAGAAACCAAGGCCUUGCACAGCGCUGCUUUGAUUAUGAGAUCAGAGUGCUCUGUUGUGAUGGAAACUGUAGCAGCCUCCCAACACAUGCACCACUUUCAACCACCACUAGUGUCUCAUCAACAAGCAUGACAACAUCAGCAAGCACAUCAACAGCACAGAGUCCCUUUACUAGUACAAGCAUUUCCACAACUUCUUCAACAGUAACAUCCACUGCAACUCUUUCAACAAAUUCUUCAACUUCCACAACACCAAAAUCAACCACGUUUAGUCCUCCUCCUGGAUGUGUUUGCAGUUGGUCAGAUUGGCUGGACUUCGGAGGCCCAACAACAGGUCAAAACGGUGGUGAAUUAAUUCCAAUUAAAAAAAUAACUGACACCUAUCCUUCCCUCUGCAAAGUACCAACACAAAUGGAAUGUCGUGCAAGACGUUUUCCUGGCCUCUCUCUUCUAGAGCUUGGCCAGACAGUGAAAUGUGAUGCAAAAGAUGGAUUAGUUUGCUUGAAUAAAAACCAAGGCCUCGCACAGCGCUGCUUUAAUUAUGAGAUCAGAGUGCUCUGUUGUGAUGGAAACUGUGGCAGCCUCCCAACACAUGCACCACUUCCAACCACCACUAUGGUGUCAUCAACAAGCAUGACCACAUCAGCAAGUACAUCAACGCCAACAGUCCAUAGUUUCACCACUAGCACAAACAUUUCUUCUACUUUAACAUACAUUCCAACUACUUCAACAAGUUCUUCAACUUCCACAACACCAAAAUCAACCACGUUUAGUCCUCCUCCUGGAUGUGUUUGCAGUUGGUCAGAUUGGCUGGACAUCAGUGCCCCAACAACAGGUCAUGACGGUGGUGAAUUAAUUCCAAUUGAAAAGAUAACUGACACUUAUCCCUCCCUCUGCAAAGUACCAAUUGAAGUGGAAUGUCGGGCAAAACGUUUUCCUGGACUCCCUUUAUCACAGCUUGGCCAGGUGGUGAAAUGUGAUGCAAAAGAUGGAUUAGUGUGCUUGAAUAAAAACCAAGGCCUCGCACAGCAGUGCUUUGACUAUGAGAUCAGAGUGAUUUGUUGUGAUGGAAACUGUAGCAGCCUCCCAACACAGGCGCCACUUUCAACCACGACUGGAAUGUCAUCAACAGGCAUAACCACAGAGGUUAACACAUCAACACAAACAGUGCAGAUCUUAUCUACUAGUACAAGCACUUCUACAACUCCUACAACAUAUACUAAAACUUCAUCAACAAGUUCUCCAAUUUCCACAACACCCAAAUCAACCACGUUUAGUCCUCCUCCUGGAUGUAUUUGCAGUUGGUCAGAUUGGCUCAACUUUGGAGGUCCAUCAACAGGUCCUAACGGUGGUGAAUUAAUACCAAUUCAAAAAAUAACUGACACCUAUCCAUCCCUCUGCAAAGUACCAGUACAAAUGGAAUGUCGGGCAAAACUUUUUCCUGGACUCCCUUUAUCACAGCUUGGCCAGACAGUGAAAUGUAAUACAAAAGACGGACUGAUUUGCUUAAAUAAAAACCAAGGCCUCAUACAGCGGUGCUUUGACUAUGAGAUCAGAGUGCUCUGUUGUGAUGUAAACUGUGGCAGCCUCCCAACACAUGCAACAUUUCCAAUGACCACUAGGGUGUCACCAACAAGCAUGACCACAUCAGCAAGCACAUCAACACCAACAGUCCAGAUUUCUUCCACUAGUACAAACAUUUCAACAACUUCUUCAAUGUUAACGUCCACUGCAACUCCUUCAACAAGUUCUCCAACUUCCACAAUAAAAUCAACCACGUUUAGUCCUCCUCCUGGAUGUGUUUGCAGUUGGUCAGAUUGGCUGGAUUUUGGUGGCCCAACAACAGGUCUUAAUGGUGGUGCAGUAAUACCAAUUCAAAAAAUAACUGACACCUAUCCAUCCCUCUGCAAAUUACCUGUACAAAUGGAAUGUAGGGCAAAGAUUUUCCCUGGACUCCCUUUAUCACAGCAUGGCCAGACAGUGAAAUGUAAUGCAAAAGAUGGACUGGUUUGCUUAAAUAUAAACCAAGGCCUCACACAGCGCUGCUUUCAUUAUGAGCUCAGAGUGCUCUGUUGUGAUGGAAAUUGUGGCAUCCUCCCAACACAUGCACCAUUUCUAACCACCACAAUGGUGUCUCCAACAAGCAUGACCACAUCAGCAAGCACAUUAACACCAACAGUCCAUAGUUCCACCACUAGCACAAUCAUUUCUUCUACUGUAACAUCCACUCCAACUACUUCAACAAGUUCUUCAACUUCCACAACACCAAAAUCAACCACAUUUAGUCCUCUUCCUGGAUGUGUUUGCAGUUGGUCAGAUUGGCUGGACUUCGGAGGCCCAACAACAGGUCAAAACGGUGGUGAAUCAAUUCCAAUUAAAAACAUAACUGACACUUAUCCUUCCCUCUGCAAAGUACCAACACAAAUGGAAUGUCGUGCAAGACGUUUUCCUGGCCUCCCUCUUUCAGAGCUUGGCCAGACAGUGAAAUGUGAUGCAAAAGAUGGAUUAGUUUGCUUGAAUAAAAACCAAGGCCUCACACAGCGGUGCUUUGACUAUGAGAUCAGAGUGCUCUGUUGUGAUGGAAACUGUGGCAGCCUCCCAACACAUGCACCACUUCCAAGCACUAUUAGUGUAUCAUCAACUAGCAUGUCCACAUCAGCAAGCACAUCAACACAAACAGCCCAGACUUCCUCCACUAAUACAAGCAUUUCAACAACUUUUUCAAUGGGAUCAUCCACUGCAACUCCUCCAACAAGUUUUCCAACUUCCACAACACCAAAAUCAACCACGUUUAGUCCUCCUUCUGGAUGUAUUUGCAGUUGGUCAGAUUGGCUGGACUUCGGUGCCCCAACAACAGGUCAUAACGGUGGUGAAUUAAUUCCAGUUGAAAUGAUAACUGACACCUAUCCUUCCCUCUGCAAAGUACCAAUGCAAGUGGAAUGUCGGGCAAAACGUUUUCCUGGAAUCCCUCUUUCAGAGCUUGGCCAGACAGUGAAAUGUAAUUUAAAAGAUGGAUUAGUUUGCUUAAAUAAAAACCAAGGCCUCGCACAGCGGUGCUUUGACUAUGAGAUCAGAGUGCUUUGUUGUGAUGGAAAUUGUGGCAGCCUCCCAACACAUUCACCACAUCCUUCAACCACUAGAGUGUCAUCAACAACCAUGACCACACCAGUUAGCACAUCAGCAACAACAGUGCAGAGCUCCUCUACUAGCACAAGCAUUUCUUCUACUGUAACAUCCACUGCAACUCAUUCAACAAGUUCUCCAACUUCCACAACAGAAUCAUCCACGUUUAGUCCUCCUCCUGGAUGUGUUUGCAGUUGGUCAGAUUGGCUGGACUUUGGAAGCCCAACAACAGGUUCUAAUGGUGGUGAAUUAAUUCCAAUUGAAAAAAUAACUGGCACCUAUCCGUCCAUCUGCAAAGUACCAGUACAAGUGGAAUGUCAUGCAAAACGUUUCCCUGGACUUCCUCUUUCAGAGCUUGGCCAGACAGUAAAAUGUAAUCCAAAAGAUGGAUUAAUUUGCUUGAAUAAAAACCAAGGCCUCACACAGCGGUGCUUUGACUAUGAGAUCAGAGUGCUCUGUUGUGAUGAAAACUGUAGUAGCCUCCCAACACAUGAACCACUUCAAACCACCACUAGUGUCUCAUCGACAAGCAUGACAACAUCAACAAGCACCUCAACACCAACAGUGCAGACUUCUUCCACUAGUACAAGCAUUUCCAAAACUUCUUCAACAGUAACAUCCACUGCAACUUCUUUCAGUUCUACAACUUCUCCAACAAUAAAAUCAACCACGUUUAGUCCUCCUCCUGGAUGUGUUUGCAGUUGGUCAGAUUGGCUGGACUUUGGAGGUCCAACAACAGGUCAUAACGGUGGUGAAUUAAUUCCAAUUGAAAAAAUAACUGGCACCUACCCUUCCAUCUGCAAAGUACCUAUAAAAAUGGAAUGUAGGGCAAAGCUUUUUCCUGGAGUCCCUUUAUCACAGCUUGGCCAGACAGUGAAAUGUAAUGCAAAAGACGGAUUGAUUUGCUUAAAUAGAAACCAAGGCCUCACACAACGGUGCUUUGACUACGAGAUCAGAGUGCUCUGUUGUGAUGGAAACUGUAGUAGCCUCCCAACACAUGCACCACUUCAAACCACCACUAGUGUCUCAUCAACAAGCAUGACAACAUUAGCAAGCACGUCAACACCACCAGUCCAGACUUCUUCCACUAGUACAAGCAUUUCCACAACUUCUUCAACAGUGCCAUCCACUGCAACUUCUUUCAGUUCUUCAACUUCCCCAACACCAAAAUCAACAACGUUUAGUCCUCCACUUGGAUGUGUUUGCAGUUGGUCAGAUUGGUUGGACUUUGGAGGCCCAACAACAGGCCAUAACGGUGGUGAAUUAAUUCCAAUUCAAAAAAUAACUGGCACCUACCCUUCCAUCUGCAAAGUACCUAUACAAAUGGAAUGUAGGGCAAAGCUUUUUCCUGGACUCCCUUUAUCACAGCUUGGCCAGACAGUAAAAUGUAAUGCAAAAGACGGAUUGAUUUGCUUAAAUAGAAACCAAGGCCUCACACAGCGGUGCUUUGACUAUGAGAUCAGAGUGCUCUGUUGUGAUGGAAACUGUGGCAGCCUCCCAACACAUGCACCACUUCCAAGUACCACUAGGGUGUCAUCAACAAGCAUGACAACAUCAGCAAGCACAUCAACACCAACAGCCCAGACUUCAUCCACUAAUACAAGCAUUUCAACAACUUCUUCAAUGGUAUCGUCCACUGUAACUACUUUAACAAGUACUCCAACUUCCACAACAAAAUUAACCACGUUUAGUCCUCCUCCUGGAUGUGUUUGCAGUUGGUCAGAUUGGCUGGACUUCGGUGCCCCAACAACAGGUCAUAACGGUGGUGAAUUAAUUCCAAUUGAAUUGAUAACUGACACCUAUCCUUACCUCUGCAGAGUACCAAUGCAAGUGGAAUGUCGGGCAAAACGUUUUCCUGGACUCCCUCUUUCAGAGCUUGGCCAGACAGUGAAAUGUGAUGCAGAAGACGGACUGGUUUGCUUAAAUAGAAACCAAGGCCUCACACAGCGCUGCUUUGAUUAUGAGAUCAGAGUGCUCUGUUGUGAUGGAAAUUGUGGCAUCCUCCCAACAUAUGCACCACUUCUAACCACCACUAGUGUCUCAUUAACUAGCAUGUCCACAUCAGCAAGCACAUCAACACCACAAGCUCAGACUUUUUUCACUAAUACAAGCAAUUCAACAACUUCUUCAAUGGUAUCGUCCACUGUAACUUCUUCAACAAGUACUCCAACUUCCACAACAAAAUUAACCACAUUUAGUCCUCCUCCUGGAUGUGUUUGCAGUUGGUCAGAUUGGCUGGACUUCGGUGCCCCAACAACAGGUCAUAACGGUGGUGAAUUAAUUCCAAUUGAAAUGGUAACUGGCACCUAUCCCUCCAUCUGCAAAGUACCAAUGCAAGUGGAAUGUCAGGCAAAACGUUUCCCUGGACUCCCUCUUUCAGAGCUUGGCCAGAAGGUAAAAUGUAAUCCAAAAGAUGGGUUAGUUUGCUUGAAUAAAAACCAAGGCCUCACACAGCGGUGCUUUGACUAUGAGAUCAGAGUUCUCUGUUGUGAUGGAAACUGUGGCAGCCUCCCAACACAUGCACCACUUCCAAGUACCACUAGGGUGUCAUCAACAAGCAUGACAACAUCAGCAAGCACAUCAACACCAACAGUCCAAACUUCCUCCACUAGUACAAACAUUUCAUCUUCUUCAACAGUAACAUCCACUGCAACUUUUUUCAGUUCUACAACUUCCCCAACACCAAAAUCAACCACGUUUAGUCCUCCUCCUGGAUGUGUUUGCAGUUGGUCAGAUUGGCUGGACUAUGGUGCCCCAUCAACAGGUCAUAACGGUGGUGAAUUAAUUCCAAUUAAAAAGAUAACUGACACCUAUCCUUCCCUCUGCAAAGUACCAAUGCAAGUGGAAUGUAGGGCAAAACGUUUUCCUGGAAUCCCUCUUUCAGAGCUUGGCCAGACAGUGAAAUGUAAUUCAAAAGAUGGAUUAGUUUGCUUAAAUAAAAACCAAGGCCUCGCACAGCGGUGCUUUGACUAUGAGAUCAGAGUACUUUGUUGUGAUGGAAAUUGUGGCAGCCUCCCAACACAUUCACCACUUCCUUCAACCACUAGAGUGUCAUCAACAACCAUGACCACACCAGUUAGCACAUCAGCAACAACAGUGCAGAGCUCCUCUACUAGCACAAGCAUUUCUUCUACUGUAAAAUCCACUGCAACUCAUUCAACAAGUUCUCCAACUUCCACAACAGAAUCAUCCACGUUUAGUCCUCCUCCUGGAUGUGUUUGCAGUUGGUCAGAUUGGCUGGACUUUGGAAGCCCAACAUCAGGUUCUAAUGGUGGUGAAUUCAUUCCAAUUGAAAAAAUAACUGGCACCUAUCCAUCCAUCUGCAAAGUACCAGUACAAGUGGCCUGUCAUGCAAAACGUUUCCCUGGACUUCCUCUUUCAGAGCUUGGCCAGACAGUAAAAUGUAAUCCAAAAGAUGGAUUCAUUUGCUUGAAUAAAAACCAAGGCCUCACACAGCGGUGCUUUGACUAUGAGAUCAGAGUGCUCUGUUGUGAUGGAAACUGUAGUAGCCUCCCAACACAUGCACCACUUCAAACCACCACUAGUGUCUCAUCGACAAGCAUGAAAACAUCAACAAGCACGUCAACACCAACAGUCCAGACUUCUUCCACUAGUACAAGCAUUUCCAAAACUUCUUCAACAGUAACAUCCACUGCAACUUCUUUCAGUUCUACAACUUCCCCAACACCAAAAUCAACCACGUUUAGUCCUCCUCCUGGAUGUGUUUGCAGUUGGUCAGAUUGGCUGGACUUUGGAGGCCCAACAACAGGCCAUAACGGUGGUGAAUUAAUUCCAAUUGAAAAAAUAACUGGCACCUACCCUUCCAUCUGCAAAGUACCUAUACAAAUGGAAUGUAGGGCAAAGCUUUUUCCUGGACUCCCUUUAUCACAGCUUGGCCAGACAGUAAAAUGUAAUGCAAAAGACGGAUUGAUUUGCUUAAAUAGAAACCAAGGCCUCACACAGCGGUGCUUUGACUAUGAGAUCAGAGUUCUCUGUUGUGAUGGAAACUGUGGCAGCCUCCCAACACAUGCACCACUUCCAAGUACCACUAGGGUGUCAUCAACAAGCAUGACAACAUCAGCAAGCACAUCAACACCAACAGCCCAGACUUCAUCCACUAAUACAAGCAUUUCAACAACUUCUUCAAUGGUAUCGUCCACUGUAACUACUUCAACAAGUACUCCAACUUCCACAACAAAAUUAACCACGUUUAGUCCUUCUCCUGGAUGUUUUUGCAGUUGGUCAGAUUGGCUGGACUUCGGUGCCCCAACAACAGGUCAUAACGGUGGUGAAUUAAUUCCAAUUGAAUUGAUAACUGACACCUAUCCUUAUCUCUGCAAAGUACCAAUGCAAGUGGAAUGUCAGGCAAAACGUUUUCCUGGACUCCCUCUUUCAGAGCUUGGCCAGACAGUGAAAUGUGAUGCAGAAGACGGACUGGUUUGCUUAAAUAGAAACCAAGGCCUCACACAGCGCUGCUUUGAUUAUGAGAUCAGAGUGCUCUGUUGUGAUGGAAAUUGUGGCAUCCUCCCAACACAUGCACCACUUCCAACCACCACUAUGGUGUCAUCAAGAAGCAUUACCACAUCAGCAAGCACAUCAACACCAACAGUCCAUAGUUCCACCAUUAGCACAACAAUUUCUUCUUCAGUAACAUCCACUCCAACUACUUCAACAAGUUCUUCAACUUCCACAACACCAAAAUCAACCACGUUUAGUCCUCCUCCUGGAUGUGUUUGCAGUUGGUCAGAUUGGCUGGACUUUGGUGCCCCAUCAACAGGUCAUAACGGUGGUGAAUUAAUUCCAAUUGAAAAGAUAACUGACACUUAUCUCUUCCUCUGCAAAGUACCAUUUGACGUGGAAUGUCGGGCAAAACGUUUUCCUGGACUCCCUCUUUCAGAGCUUGGCCAGAAGGUAACAUGUAAUCCAAAAGAUGGGUUAGUUUGCUUGAAUAAAAACCAAGGCCUCACACAGCGGUGCUUUGACUAUGAGAUAAGAGUUCUCUGUUGUGAUGGAAACUGUGGCAGCCUCCCAACACAAGCACCGCUUUCAAGUACCACUAGGGUGUCAUCAACAAGCAUGACAACAUCAGCAAGCACGUCAACACCAAUAGUCCAGACUUCCUCCACUAGUACAAACAUUUCAUCUUCUUCAACAGUAACAUCCACUGCAACUUUUUUCAGUUCUACAACUUCCCCAACACCAAAAUCAACCACGUUUAGUCCUCCUCCUGGAUGUGUUUGCAGUUGGUCAGAUUGGCUGGACUUUGGUGCCCCAUCAACAGGUUAUAACGGUGGUGAAUUAAUUCCAAUUAAAAAGAUAACUGACACCUAUCCUUCCCUCUGCAAAGUACCAAUGCAAGUGGAAUGUCGGGCAAGACGUUUUCCAGGACUCCCUCUUUUACAGCUUGGUCAGGUGGUGAAAUGUGAUUCAAAAGAUGGAUUAGUUUGCUUAAAUAAAAACCAAGGCCUUGCACAGCAGUGCUUUGACUAUGAGAUCAGAGUGCUUUGUUGUGAUGGAAACUGUGGCAGCCUCCCAACACAUGCACCACUUCCAACCACCACUAGGGUGUCAUCAACAAACAUGACCACAUCUGCAAGCACAUCCACACCAACUGUGCAGAGCUCCUCUACUAGUACAAGCGCUUCCACAACUCCCACAACUGCAACAUUUACUAAAACUUCAUCAACAAGUUCUCCAAUUUUCACAACACCAAAAUCAACCACGUUUAGUCCUCCUCCUGGAUGUGUUUGCAGUUGGUCAGAUUGGCUGGACUUUGGAGGCCCAACAACAGGUCCUAACGGUGGUGAAUUAAUUCCAAUUAAAAAAAUUACUGGCAACUAUCCUUCCACCUGCAAAGUACCUAUACAAAUGGAAUGUAGGGCAAAGCUUUUUCCUAUACUCCCUUUAUCACAGCUUGGCCAGACAGUGAAAUGUAACGCAAAAGAUGGAUUGAUUUGCUUAAAUAGAAACCAAGGCCUCACACAGCGGUGCUUUGACUAUGAGAUCAGAGUGCUCUGUUGUUAUGGAAACUGUGGCAGCCUCCCAACACAUGCACCACUACCAACCACCACUAGAGUGUCAUCAACUACCAGGACCACACCAGUUAGCACAUCAACACCAACAGUCCAUAGUUCCACCACUAGCACAAGCAUUUCUUCUACUGUAACAUCCACUGCAACUCCUUCAACAAGUUCUCCAACUUCCACAACAAAAUCAUCCACGUUUAGUCCUCCUCCUGGAUGUGUUUGCAGUUGGUCAAAUUGGUUGGACUUUGGAAGCCUAACAACAGGUUCUAAUGGGGGUGAAUUAAUUCCAAUUGAAAUGAUAACUGACACCUAUCCUUCCCUCUGCAAAGUACCAAUGCAAGUGGAAUGUCGGGCAAAACGUUUUCCUGGACUCCCUCUUUCAGAGCUUGGCCAGACAGUGAAAUGUAAUCCAAAAGAUGGAUUAGUGUGCUUGAAUAAAAACCAAGGCGACAUACAGCGGUGCUUUGACUAUGAGAUCAGAGUGCUCUGUUGUGAUGGAAAUUGUGUCAGCCUCCCAACACAUGAACCACUUCCUUUAACCACUAGAGUGUCAUCAACAACCAUGACCACAUCAGUUAGCACAUCAACACCAGCAGUGCAGAGCUCCUCUACUAGUUCAAGCACUUCUACAACUCCCACAACUGCAACAUCUACUAAAACUUUAUCAACAAGUUCUCCAAUUUCGACAACAAUAAAAUCAACCACGUUUAGUUCUCCUCCUGGAUGUGUUUGCAGUUGGUCAGAUUGGCUGGACUUUGGAGGCCCAACAACAGGUCCUAACGGUGGUGAAUUAAUUCCAAUUAAAAAAAUUACUGGCAACUAUCCUUCCACCUGCAAAGUACCUAUACAAAUGGAAUGUAGGGCAAAGCUUUUUCCUAUACUCCCUUUAUCACAGCUUGGCCAGACAGUGAAAUGUAACGCAAAAGAUGGAUUGAUUUGCUUAAAUAGAAACCAAGGCCUCACACAGCGGUGCUUUGACUAUGAGAUCAGAGUGCUCUGUUGUUAUGGAAACUGUGGCAGCCUCCCAACACAUGCACCACUACCAACCACCACUAGAGUGUCAUCAACUACCAGGACCACACCAGUUAGCACAUCAACACCAACAGUCCAUAGUUCCACCACUAGCACAAGCAUUUCUUCUACUGUAACAUCCACUGCAACUCCUUCAACAAGUUCUCCAACUUCCACAACAAAAUCAUCCACGUUUAGUCCUCCUCCUGGAUGUGUUUGCAGUUGGUCAAAUUGGUUGGACUUUGGAAGCCCAACAACAGGUUCUAAUGGGGGUGAAUUAAUUCCAAUUGAAAUGAUAACUGACACCUAUCCUUCCCUCUGCAAAGUACCAAUGCAAGUGGAAUGUCGGGCAAAACGUUUUCCUGGACUCCCUCUUUCAGAGCUUGGCCAGACAGUGAAAUGUAAUCCAAAAGAUGGAUUAGUGUGCUUGAAUAAAAACCAAGGCGACAUACAGCGGUGCUUUGACUAUGAGAUCAGAGUGCUCUGUUGUGAUGGAAAUUGUGUCAGCCUCCCAACACAUGAACCACUUCCUUUAACCACUAGAGUGUCAUCAACAACCAUGACCACAUCAGUUAGCACAUCAACACCAGCAGUGCAGAGCUCCUCUACUAGUUCAAGCACUUCUACAACUCCCACAACUGCAACAUCUACUAAAACUUUAUCAACAAGUUCUCCAAUUUCGACAACAAUAAAAUCAACCACGUUUAGUUCUCCUCCUGGAUGUGUUUGCAGUUGGUCAGAUUGGCUGGACUUUGGAGGCCCAACAAUAGGUCCUAAUGGUGGUGAAUUAAUACCAAUUGAAAAAAUAAUUGACACCUAUCCAUCCAUCUGCAAAGUACCUAUACAAAUGCAAUGUCGGGCAAAGCUUUUCCCUGGACUCCCUUUAUCGCAGCUUGGCCAGACAGUGAAAUGUGAUGCAAGAGAUGGAUUAGUUUGCUUAAAUAAAAACCAGGGCCUCACACAGCGGUGCUUUGACUAUGAGGUCAGAGUGCUUUGUUGUGAUGGAAACUGUGACAGCCUCCCAACACAUGCACCGCUUUCAAGCACCACUCGAGUGUCAUCAACUAGCAAGUCCACAUCCGCAGGCACAUCCACACCAACAGUCCAGGCUUCCUCCACUAGUACAAACAUUUCAUCUUCUUCAACAAUAACGUUCACUGCAACUCCAACAAAUUCUCCAACUUCCACAACAAAAUCAACAACGUUUAGUCCUCCUCCUGGAUGUGUUUGCAGUUGGUCAGAUUGGCUGGACUUUGGAGGCCCAACAACAGGUCAUAACGGUGGAGAAUUAAUUCCAAUUGAAAAAAUAACUGGCACCUAUCCAUCCAUCUGCAAAGUACCAGUACAAGUGGAAUGUCAUGCAAAACAUUUUCCAGGACUCCCUCUUUCACAGCUUGGCCAGACAGUGAAAUGUAAUGCAAAAGAUGGAUUAGUUUGCUUAAAUAGAAACCAAGGCCUCACACAGCGGUGCUUUGACUAUGAAAUCAGAGUGCUCUGUUGUGAUGGAAACUGUAGCAGCCUCCCAACACAUGCAUCACUUUCAACCACCACUGGAGUGUCAUCAACAAGCAUGACCACAUCUGCAAGCACAUCCACACUAACAGUGCAGAACUCCUCUACUAGUACAAGCGCUUCCACAACUCCCACAACUGCAACAUAUACUAAAACUUCCUCAACAAGUUCUCCAAUUUCCACAACACCAAAAACAACCACAUUUAGUCCUCCUCCUGGAUGUGUUUGCGGUUGGUCAGAUUGGCUGGACUUUGGAGGCCCAACAACAGGUUAUAACGGUGGUGAAUCAAUUCCAAUUGAAAAAAUAACUGCCACCUAUCCUUCCCUCUGCAACGUACCAGUACAAGUGGAAUGUCAUGCAAAACAUUUUCCAGGACUUCCUCUUUCACAGCUUGGCCAGGCAGUGAAAUGUAAUCCAAAAGAUGGAUUAGUUUGCUUAAAUAAAAACCAAGGCCUCACACAGCGGUGCUUUGAUUAUGAGAUCAGAGUUCUCUGUUGUAUUGGAAAAUGUGACAGCCUUCCAACCUACGCACCACUUCCAGCCACUAGUUCAAGCUUUUCUACAACCAUGCUGUCCACUACAACUCCUUUAACAAGUUCUCCAACUUCCACACCACCAAAAUCAACCACAUUUAGUCCUCCUCCUGGAUGCGUUUGCGGUUGGUCAGAUUGGCUGGACUUUGGAGGCCCAACAACAGGUAAUAACGGUGGUGAAUCAAUUCCAAUUGAAAAGAUAACUGACACUUAUCCUUCCAUCUGCAAAGUACCAAUGCAAGUGGAAUGUCGUGCAAAACAAUUCCCUGGACUCCCUCUUUCACAGCUUGGCCAGGUGGUGAAAUGUGAUGCAAAAGAUGGAUUAGUUUGCUUGAAUAAAAACCAAGGCCUCACACAGCGAUGCUUUAACUAUGAGAUCAAAGUGCUCUGUUGUGAUGGAAACUGUAGCAGCCUCCCAACACAUUCACCACUUCCAAGCACCACAAGGGUGUCAUCAACAAGCAUGACCACAUCAGCAAGCACAUCCACACAAACAGUACAGAGUUCCUCCACUAGUACAAACAUUUCAUUAUCUUCUUCAACAGUAACGUCCAUUGCAACUCCAUCAAGUUCUCCAACUUCCACAACAACAAAAUCAACCAUGUUUAGUCCUCCUCCUGGAUGUGUUUGCAGUUGGUCAGAAUGGCUGGACUUUGGAGGUCCAACAACAGGUCAUAACGGUGGUGAAUUAAUUCCAAUUGAAAAAAUAACUGGCACCUAUCCUUCCCUCUGCAAAGUACCAGUACAAGUGGAAUGUCAUGCAAAAAAAUUUCCAGGACUCCCUCUUUCACAGCUUGGCCAGACAGUGAAAUGUGAUGCAAAAGAUGGAUUAGUUUGCUUAAAUAAAAACCAAGGCCUCACACAGCGGUGCUUUGACUAUGAAAUCAGAGUGCUCUGUUGUGAUGGAAACUGUGACAGCCUCCCAACACAUGCACCACUUCCAACCACCACUGGAGUAUCAUCUGCAAGCACAUCCACACGAACAGUGCAGAACUCCUCUACUAGUACAAGCGCUUCCAUAACUCCCACAACUGCAACAUAUACUAAAACUUCCUCAACAAGUUCUCCAAUUUCCACAACACCAAAAACAACCACAUUUAUUCCUCCUCCUGGAUGCAUUUGCGGUUGGUCAGAUUGGCUGGACUUUGGAGGCCCAACAACAGGUUAUAACGGUGGUGAAUCAAUUCCAAUUGAAAAAAUAACUGCCACCUAUCCUUCCCUCUGCAACGUACCAGUACAAGUGGAAUGUCAUGCAAAACAUUUUCCAGGACUUCCUCUUUCACAGCUUGGCCAGGCAGUGAAAUGUAAUCCAAAAGAUGGAUUAGUUUGCUUAAAUAAAAACCAAGGCCUCACACAGCGGUGCUUUGAUUAUGAGAUCAGAGUUCUCUGUUGUAUUGGAAAAUGUGACAGCCUUCCAACCUACGCACCACUUCCAGCCACUAGUUCAAGCUUUUCUACAACCAUGCUGUCCACUACAACUCCUUUAACAAGUUCUCCAACUUCCACACCACCAAAAUCAACCACAUUUAGUCCUCCUCCUGGAUGCGUUUGCGGUUGGUCAGAUUGGCUGGACUUUGGAGGCCCAACAACAGGUAAUAACGGUGGUGAAUCAAUUCCAAUUGAAAAGAUAACUGACACUUAUCCUUCCAUCUGCAAAGUACCAAUGCAAGUGGAAUGUCGUGCAAAACAAUUCCCAGGACUCCCUCUUUCACAGCUUGGCCAGGUGGUGAAAUGUGAUGCAAAAGAUGGAUUAGUUUGCUUGAAUAAAAACCAAGGCCUCACACAGCGAUGCUUUAACUAUGAGAUCAAAGUGCUCUGUUGUGAUGGAAACUGUAGCAGCCUCCCAACACAUUCACCACUUCCAAGCACCACAAGGGUGUCAUCAACAAGCAUGACCACAUCAGCAAGCACAUCCACACAAACAGUACAGAGUUCCUCCACUAGUACAAACAUUUCAUUAUCUUCUUCAACAGUAACGUCCAUUGCAACUCCAUCAAGUUCUCCAACUUCCACAACAACAAAAUCAACCAUGUUUAGUCCUCCUCCUGGAUGUGUUUGCAGUUGGUCAGAAUGGCUGGACUUUGGAGGUCCAUCAACAGGUCAUAACGGUGGUGAAUUAAUUCCAAUUGAAAAAAUAACUGGCACCUAUCCUUCCCUCUGCAAAGUACCAGUACAAGUGGAAUGUCAUGCAAAAAAAUUUCCAGGACUCCCUCUUUCACAGCUUGGCCAGACAGUGAAAUGUGAUGCAAAAGAUGGAUUAGUUUGCUUAAAUAAAAACCAAGGCCUCACACAGCGGUGCUUUGACUAUGAAAUCAGAGUGCUCUGUUGUGAUGGAAACUGUGACAGCCUCCCAACACAUGCACCACUUCCAACCACCACUGGAGUAUCAUCUGCAAGCACAUCCACACGAACAGUGCAGAACUCCUCUACUAGUACAAGCGCUUCCAUAACUCCCACAACUGCAACAUAUACUAAAACUUCCUCAACAAGUUCUCCAAUUUCCACAACACCAAAAUCAACCACGUUUAGUCCUCCUCCUGGAUGUGUUUGCAGUUGGUCAGAUUGGCUGGACUUUGGGGGUCCAACAACAGGUUCUAAUGGUGGGGAAUUAAUUCCAAUUGAAAAAAUAACUGCCACCUAUCCUUCCCUCUGCAAAGUACCAGUGCAAGUGGAAUGUCGUGCAAAACAUUUUCCAGGACUUCCUCUUUCACAGCUUGGCCAGACAGUGAAAUGUAAUCCAAAAGAUGGAUUCAUUUGCUUGAAUAAAAACCAAGGCCUCACACAGCGGUGCUUUGAUUAUGAGAUCAGAGUGCUCUGUUGUGAUGGAAACUGUGGCAGCCUCCCAACACAUGCACCACUUCCAACCACCACUAGGGUGUCAUCAACAAGAACGUCCACAUCAGCAAGUACAUCAACACCAACAAUCCAGACUUUCUCCACUAGUACAAACAUUUCUACAACUGUAACGUCCACUGCAACUCUUUCAACAAGUUCUCCAACUUCCACAACAUUAAAAACAACCACGUUAAGUCCUCCUCCUGGAUGUGCUUGCAGUUGGUCAGAUUGGCUGGACUUCGGUGUCCCAACAACAGGUCCUAACGGUGGUGGUCAGAUUGGCUGGACUUCGGAGGCCCAACAACAGGUCAAAACGGUGGUGAAUUAA